GCGGUCCCAGAGGCCGGGCUGAGACCACCUCGAGCCCGCGCUCCCGCCCUGCUCAUGUCGCGGGGAUAAAUGCGGGUCCGCUCCGGUGGCCUCGGCCAAGUCUGCUCUCCGGGCGCUUCGGGUAGUGGAGCUGGGCGCCUCCCCUGGGCGCUGCGUUCCAACAGGACUCGCUUCCCCCUCCCCGCCUCGCCAGGCCUGCGGCUGCGGAGCUUCUCGUCUGCGCCCACCCUGCCCCAAGAGCUAGCUGCUGAGCACCAGCCGUCUGGAAGGAUGUGGACGGCUCCGGUGCUGCUCUGGAUUGUGGGCAGCGCGUCACUCUGGGUCCCGGCACAGGCUGCUGUCUUUGCUAAGCUAGAAGAUAAUCCUGUGACAUCAGGUGCGACAGUUGCCAGGGGGACCCCAGGUAAAGAAGAUCUCAUUCCAACCACAAGUGGUUCUGAAGCACCUCGGCCAUCUCCUAGGCUGACAACUCAGGGGCCAGCAGGUGCAGAAAGUACAACAGGUCCUGGUGUGGAGGAUGUGUCAACCUUAGGAAGCUCAACCCAGAAUCACCAAAAAAGCCAGACAACCACAACCCCACCUAUGGCAACCAAUACCUCAACAGUGACUGUGACUGAAUCAACACAGACAGCAGUUCAUAAAGAUGGUUUGUCAACAGCGAGCCUGGCUGGAAUUGUCAUUGGGGUCUUAAUCACCAUUGGCUUCCUUGGUGGAGUCAUCUUUCUCUUUGUUUGGAAAAUGUCCAAAUGAUUCUUGUGCUAAAGUGUUGGAGAAUCAUGCCUCUGCCAACAUGUUUGGAAAGAGUUUGUGGCUACCCCCAUUCCCUGUCCCAAGUUCGUGGGAGAAGAUGACCCAUGGACUACUCACACACCCACUCAAAAAUCCAUGGCGAUUCCCCCACUUGCCAAAAGCAGCUGAAGGAAAGAUAAUUCAUAUGACUUGGUUCCUCUAAGCAUCUGCCUUUUGAAGAAAUUUUUAAAUAUAAAUUUUAUAGCUGAUGAUUUAAACACAAAGCACAUAGAAAAGGAGACAAAACUAUAAACUGAUUUGUCCCCAAGCCAGUAUCAUCUGAUCAAUGUUAGUGACUGUACUCGUGUCUUAAUCAUGUCUUCGUUCUGUUUUUGUUAAAAUGCAAUGGAAUCUGGAGAUGUUUAUAUCCAUGGAGACCGUGAUCCCAAGCUCCUUACAAACGUUUUGUAAUUGCUGAUCUGUUGAAGAGUACACAUUCCAGUCUGGUUUGGUCUAGUUUUUAAAGCCUGAUUGGGUAUGAACAGCAUGUAAGUUUGGAUAGCAGAUAAUAAGCAACUGCUUUUAGGGGGUGCAGAUAAGUCAUUUCAAAGGUAUACAUUUUAGAUCACAAACAGGAAGUCUAUCCUUUGAGGAAGGUACUUUGUUUCUGGCAAAAAUGUUACUAAGCAACCUCUAGGCCAGCAAUGACUAAUGACUCAAAUGAUGUGUUUCUACCUGCCCUCUCCUCUUCCCUCAACUAUUGGCAGCCAAAGUUAAGGGAUAGCUUUCUCACUCCCUGGUAAGGCAAAUCUACCAGGUUGACUCUUUGUCCUGGAAUAUGGAGAUGAAGGCCCCAGAUGCCCAGGAAGUUGCUGGAUGCUCCAUGGUGAUAGAAGGUCAAAUGUUCUAGAAACCAAGACCAAGCUUGAUCCCGAGGCAGAAAGAAACCCUAUCUAUGUGUGCUUUUGGCAGGGGAACUGCCUCAGAGGAAAAUAGGCAGACCAAAAAUAAUCCUGCACAAUGUUUUUAAAAAGUAGCUGGAUUUAAAGAUACGAUUUAAAAUUAAAGACAUUCUCAGUGUUUCUAACAUCCUGAGUCUUUCAAUGGGGUCAUGUUGAAGAGAUCAAAAUAAAGGAGUGCGAGGAGCCCAGUCUGUCCCAGCACAGUGCAGCAUGGUGCUUCUCUUCCCAUAGACACACUGACUUCUUUUUCCUACACAAAACGUUUUUAUGUGGACCAGAUGCUCUGUCAUGAUUGUGGUUGUGCAACCCCGAUAUCCUCUAAACUCAAGAGUUCAUAAAACAGGAAAAAGUAAAUGACCCGUCAGAAGCACAGCCCAUUCCUCCCCCCGAGUCUUUUCGCUCUCUCUUUUGGCAGUAAUCUGUGGAUGUUUUAAACAGGGCAUCCAUGAGUUCUCCAAAUCCAGCUGGCCCACCAGGUUCCACACUUCAAUCAGCAGAUUGAGAGAAGUGAAUUAAAGGAGCCAUGUGAAUUUAAAUAGCUUUUCCUUUCAUCAAGCAGAUUCCUGAAGAGGAGUUAGGAAUAAUGUGCAUUGCUUUUCUAUCCUUCUUUCUUUGCACCUCUCACUGUGAAAAGUAACAGUCCCACCCGAGUCACACACUGGACUUGUGCUUCCUGGGGCAGGGCUAUAGGUUUCUUGGUCACACUUUUGUUGGUGCUCAAUGCACUACAGAUAUAUUUUCAAAUAAAACAGAUGAUUGUACACAA